UUUUAUUGUUUGUCCGAAUCAAUUUGCCUUGAGGCGAAACCUUCGACUUCUGUGCUUUCAUUUGGCUGCAUUCCGGUGGAUUUUUCUAUUUCUGGCGAUGCUCAUCUCGGAAUUUUUAUCUUCAUAAACCUCUUUAAACCUUGCAACUAUCAAAUGGGGGAAGAAUUAUGCACUCUUAAUGUGCUUCAGCGGCGAAAAUUUCAGAUGGAGAAUUGGGGAAAGUCAGAAGCUAAUCAAGUUCCUGGUGAUUGGAAAGUUGCUGAAAAAAUAGAAUUCCCAAUCUCGGUUCAAUUCUGGGCCGCAUGCAGCAACAGCGAUAUGGAGGAAAUUAAUCGACUUCUUUCCCUUGGAAUUGAUAUUAAUGUAGCUAAUGUUGAUGGUCUUACCUCAUUACACCAGAUUGCGACUACGAUCUCGUCAAAUUUCUUGUCGAGCGAGGCGCAAAUGUUAACGUUCAGGAUAAUGAAGGUUGGACACCACUUCAUGCGACGGCUUCAUGUGGCUAUCUCGAAAUUGCAAGGUAUGCAUACCUAA